CCGCUGCCGAAAACGAAAAGGCUCAUCUCCCAUUUUCUCUCCUCUCGCACCUCCCUCCUUCUUAACAACCCAAAACCAUUCAACUGUCCAAAUCCCCAAAUCCCCAGGAACAAGCUCAGAACUCCAUUCCCAAACUACAACCAGUCGAUUACACUUCCGAGUGUAAUCACCCAGUCGUCAAGACGUUUUCCAAUCUCCUCAACUCAUCGCACCAUCCGUUCGCAGGAGCCCGUUGCUCUUCCGCCGCAGGGGCAUCGGACUCGCCGUUUACCAGAUAAACGCACCCGAUCCAAACUUAUACACACUGCACAACUUUGAGGCCGCCAAAUACUGUCAAUAAUAUGGCACCUCACGCGGAAGUCGGACUGGACUUCUCGAACGGAAACGGUAGCACUACGGCUCCUGCCAACAAGGAUCUCUUCAAGGUCAACUCCCCAAAUGUCGUCUACACCGACAAUGAGAUCCGGUCCAAGUACACAUAUCGCACCACAUUGGUCAACGAGACUGCCGAUGGUAAAUUCGAGGCAACUCCCAAGGAGACUGUCUACGAUUUCAAGGUCGAUCGCAAGGUCCCCAAGACCGGUAUGAUGCUUGUCGGAUGGGGUGGAAACAACGGUACCACUGUUACCGCUGGUAUCAUUGCCAACCGCCGUGGUCUCGUGUGGGAAACUCGUGAAGGUCCUCGUGCUGCUAACUACUAUGGCUCUGUUGUCAUGGGAUCUACAGUCAAGCUCGGUACUAAUGCUAAGACUUCCAAGGAUGUCAACAUUCCCUUCCAUGACAUCUUGCCCAUGGUUCACCCAAAUGAUCUUGUAAUUGGUGGCUGGGAUAUCAGCGGAUUGAACUUGGCCAAGGCCAUGGACCGUGCUGCCGUUCUUGAGCCCACUCUCAAGGAGCAGGUCAAGAAGGAGAUGGCUUCUCUGGUCCCUUUGCCCAGCAUCUACUAUCCAGACUUCAUUGCUGCCAACCAGGAGGAUCGUGCCGACAACCUCUUGGAGGGCAGCAAGGCCUGCAUGGAGCACGUUGAACAGAUUCGAAAGGACAUCCGCGACUUCAAGGUCACGAACAACCUCGACAAGGUCAUUGUUCAGUGGACAGCCAACACUGAGCGUUUUGCUGAUCUCAUCCCUGGUAUCAAUGAUACUGCUGCGAACCUUAUGAACGCUAUCAAGAACGGUCACGAGGAAGUCGCCCCAUCCACUGUCUUUGCUGUGGCUUGUAUUCUCGAGGGCGUUCCAUUCAUCAACGGCUCCCCCCAGAACACCUUUGUUCCCGGUGCUAUUGAACUUGCCGAGAAGCACAAUGCCUUCAUUGGUGGCGAUGACUUCAAGUCUGGUCAGACCAAGAUGAAGUCUGCGUUGGUCGAUUUCUUGAUCAGCGCUGGUAUCAAGCUCACUUCCAUUGCCAGCUAUAACCAUCUCGGCAACAAUGAUGGAAAGAACCUCAGCUCCCAGAAGCAAUUCCGCUCCAAGGAGAUCUCCAAGUCCAACGUCGUGGAUGACAUGGUUGAAGCCAACUCUGUUCUCUACAAGAAGGGCGAGCAUCCUGAUCACACUGUCGUCAUCAAGUAUAUGCCAGCUAUUGGUGACAACAAGCGUGCUUUGGAUGAGUACUACGCUGAGAUUUUCAUGGGAGGUCAUCAGACUAUCUCCAUCUUCAAUGUUUGCGAGGACUCCCUUCUCGCUUCGCCAUUGAUCAUUGAUCUGGUUGUCGUUGCUGAGGUGAUGACUCGCAUCCAGUGGAAGGCUCAUUCCAGCGAUGGUGCUACCACCAAGGACUUCAAGAACUUCCACAGCGUGCUUAGCAUUCUCAGCUUCAUGCUCAAGGCUCCCUUGACUCCUCCUGGCACCCCUGUCAUCAAUGCUCUUGCUAAGCAGCGAAGUGCUUUGGUCAACAUCUUUAAGGCCUGCGUUGGUCUUGAGCCGGAGAAUGAUAUGACUUUGGAGCACAAGCUGUUCUAAAUUCAGUCAUCCUUCGCAACUGAGGUUUCAUUUGCUGCGAAGUAGUCUUUACUGGUAACCGGGUGAAGUCUGAUGGAGAUGUGGUUUGAUUUUGCAGUCUACACGUGGCGAUAAGUGCCACGCAUUCACUCAUUAGACAUAACGUAAAUUGAAGCGCAAUUGCUCUUCCAAAC